AUGUCUUCGAAGACAGCUUCUGAUAUGAGAUGGCACCAUGAAAGACAAGAUGAGGACGGAGUGAUGAGGCAUCCAGCUGACUCUAAGGCUUGGAAAAACUUUAAUGAGCUACAUGAAAGCUUUGCCGAAGAGCCCCGAAAUGUUAGACUUGGUCUUGCAAGUGAUGGUUUCCAGCCUUUCACAAAUUCAAAAGUUUCUUAUAGCAUAUGGCCUGUUUUACUUGUACCAUAUAACUUACCACCAUGGAUGUGCAUGAAGCAAUCUAAUUUUAUUUUAUCUAUGCUCAUUCCUGGUCUAACUGGUCCUGGAGAUGCUAUUGACACCUACUUACAACCAUUGAUAGAAGAACUAAAGGAGUUGUGGGCCUCAGGCGUUCAAACAUAUGAUGUAUCUCUGAGACAGAAUUUCAUUUUACGUGCAGCACUAAUUUGGACUAUCAAUGAUUUUCCUGCUUAUGCAAAUUUAUCUGGAUGGAGCACUAAGGGGAAAUUAACAUGUCCUUGUUGUAAUAAGCACACGCACUCUAUCAGGUUAAAAUAUGGAGGCAAGCAGAGCUAUAUGGGGCAUCAUCGCUAUCUUGAUGAAAAUCACAUUUGGAGAAAGGAUAAGAAAUCAUUUGAUGGCACUAGGGAGAGAGGGUAUGCAGCGCCGAAGCUGACCGGAGAUGACAUCCUUAAGCAGGUGGAAGAUCUUAUAGGGAUCACCUUGACUAAUCAUCCAGAGAAGAAAAUUAAAAUCCUUAAGCAGCGCUUGAUUCCUGUAUCGAUUCGUGGUCUUCUUCCUGCAAAAGUGUGUGAACCAAUUAUUGAACUUUCCAUAUUCUUCACUAUAUUAUGUUCCAAGACAUUAAGGGUGGAUGAACUAAAGCAAAUUGAUGAGCAGAUUCCACUGACGUUAUGUAAGCUUGAGAAGAUUUUUCCACCUUCAAUUUUUGAUGUCAUGCUGCAUUUAGUAGUUCAUUUAGCAUCUGAAGCCAUACUUGGAGGGCCUGUUCGAUUUCGAUGGAUGUACCCAGUGGAGCGUCAGCUUUAUACUUAUAAGUCAUAUAUCAGAAAUAGGGCACGUCUAGAAGGGUCAAUUGCUGAAGGAUAUAUAGCAGAUGAAUGCAUGACACUUUGCUCAAGACAUAGUGGGCGGGCAUUGGGUGCUGCCACCACCCGCUACCUUGAUGAACGUGAGUGGUUGCAAGCUCAUAUUUAUGUUCUAAAGAACUGUGAUGAAGUGCAACCACACAUUGAGGACUACAAUGAAUUCGUGAGAGAACCCACAAAUCACUAUGAUGAUAAAGAUUGGGAUAAGAACUUUAUCGAGUGGUUCCAAGCUCUAGUUUAUCAGAGUUAUCGAGAAGAUGAUGACUUACUUUCACUAUCUCGUGGUCCAAGUAAGAUUGUUAAAUGUUUUACUGGAUUUGUCAUAAAUGGACAUCGAUUUCAUACAGAAAGUCGAGAUAAUUGUUUGUCAACUCAAAAUAGUGGGGUUGCAGUUGUUGGUGAUGCUGGUGAUGGUGGAGAUAUAGAUUAUUAUGGUGCUUUGGUUGAAGUUGUCGAAUUAGAGUAUCUUGGUGGAAGAAAGGUUGUUCUAUUUCGUUGUAAGUGGUGGGAUGUGCACGGCAAAGGAAAAGAGACCGUUUUGAAAGAAGAUAAAUAUGGAUUUGUUAGUAUUAACUGCCGACAUUUGCUAAAGACGAAUGAACACUUUAUACUUGCUGGCCAAGCAUCACAAGUUUUUUAUGUUGAGGAUAUUGCCAAUGAAGGUUGGCAUGUAGUUCUUAAAGCACAACCCCGUGAUUCCUAUGAUAUGCCACCAGAUACAGAUGAUUGUGAGAUAACAGACGAUGGAGUUAAAGCUUAUUUGCAAGAUGAAUCAUUUGAUGCUCAGGCUAUUGCAUCAACAUCAUUAAUGGAAGAUGAUUAUAUCAAUUUGAGAAGGAGUGACAUUGAUCCAAUUAUUGUAAAUUCGGUCUCAACUUCAAAAAAGAGGAAAAAGACUCAAGCAGAGAAUUAG